UCAGCGGUGGUAUUCUGCUAUGCCGAUGCCGGGGUUAAUUAGCAAUCCUCAGUGUGGGGCUGUGAUACCGGGACACAAUAGCAAGUGCUAAUCGAGCUGUCCCUACUUUCAUUACUAAACGAAGACGGGAUUUCUUCUAUUGAAACGGCGUCUUUCUUUCAGGGGACAUUUCAAGAAGAAUCUGAAGCCUGCAUACCACAGCUUUUGGUUAUAGUCGAGAGAUGAAUGGCAUGUAACCUGCCAGCAAUGGCGCACAGGAAGAGGCAAGGGACAAGCAGCAGCAUGGUGGAGCCCAGGGUGCGGCCCUGCCCUGCCGCGUUCCCGGCUGCCCCACAGAGAGAGAGACGGUCGGACCCUGAGCCAGAGGACCUGGAGAACCAGCCGCAGCGCCAGUUCCACCCCGAGAGCCCUGACCUGAAGGACAGCCGGCCUGCCACCCCAGACCAUACCGACCAGGACUGCCAGGACCACAGCGCUGACGGGGACUCCAGCUCCGACUACGUCAACAACACUUCUGAGGAGGAGGACUACGAUGAGGGGCUGCCGGAGGAGGACGAGGGGGUGACCUACUACAUCCGGUACUGUCCGGAAGACGACAGCUACCUGGAGGGCAUGGACUGCAAUGAUGGAGACUACAUCCCCCACCAGGAGCCCUCCGUAGAGACUGACGAGUGUCAGGAGGCCGUGGAGGAGUGGGCCGAGUCCGAGGGGCAGUGCCCGUCCCUGGACCAGGACGCUGACCCGCAGGCCUAUGAGGACAACCCAGAGGAGGUCUUGAAUGACCGUGCAGCCUCUCUGCAGACUCCUCUCCCAGGAGAAGAGGAGGAGGAGGAAGUGGAAGAGGAAGGAGAAGAGAGCGAGGAGUACUGCCCCAACGAGGAAGGCUUCCCUCAGGACUAUUACAGCCAGGAAGCUAAUGGGAACUCUGUCCGCGUCUCCCCUUAUUCGACCCGGAAGGCUGAUGGGGAAGCGGGAGAGGACCAGGAAGAGGACAUUGACCAGAUCGUGGCCGAGAUCAAGAUGAGCAUGAGCAUGGGCAGCUUGAGCAGUGGCACCGACCAGAGUCCGGAGGAACCUGGGAACGACUCGCUGCCGAAGGACUUCAAGGACGUUGCCGCCAAGGCGGAUCCUGUCCUGUACGCCGGUAACCGGCACGAGGGAAGGCCCAAGUCCCUGAACAUCCCGGCAGCCUCCAGGCACAGCGCUGACGUCCAGAGGGGCUUCAAAGUGCGAGCCAGAACUCCGGAGGAGAGGCAGAAGUGGGCCCAAGAGCAGGUGUCUAACAACCCGGAACAGCCUAGAAAACAGCAGCGAUCUGAUCUUAAUGGGCCAGCUGAAAAUAACAACAUCCCAGAGCAAACAAAGAAAACUGCAUCCUUUCCCAGCUUUGUGGACGUUCCAGGACCCUGUGAGCCAGAGGAUCUUAUUGAUGGCAUCAUAUUUGCAGCCAAUUAUCUGGGCUCCACACAGCUUCUGUCCGAGCGCAACCCCUCCAAAAACAUCCGCAUGAUGCAGGCCCAGGAGGCAGUGAGCCGUGUCAAGAGGGUUCAGAAGGCUGCCAAAAUCAAGAAAAAGAGUCCCGAAGGGGACCCCCAGACCCUGACAGAGGUGGACCUCUUCAUCUCCACCCAGCGGAUCAAGGUUCUGAACGCAGACACACAGGAGACUAUGAUGGACAAUGCUCUGCGGACCAUCUCCUACAUUGCGGACAUCGGGAACAUUGUGGUGCUCAUGGCCCGCCGCCGCAUGCCCCGCACCGCCUCACAGGACUGCAUUGAGACCACGCCCGGCGCCCAGGAGGGCAAGAAGCAGUACAAGAUGAUCUGCCACGUGUUCGAGUCCGAGGACAGAACAGCAGAAUCCCACCUGUCCCACAGCUGCAGCUGUGAUAGAGAACAGCAGAAUCCCACCUGUCCCCCUGUCCUGCAGCUGCAGCUGGAAAAGCAGAAGGGAGAGAUCCUGGGUGUAGUAAUUGUGGAGUCGGGCUGGGGCUCCAUUUUGCCCACCGUCAUAUUGGCCAACAUGAUGAAUGGGGGUCCAGCAGCACGAUCAGGCAAGCUGAGCAUCGGAGACCAGAUCAUGUCCAUCAAUGGCACCAGCCUGGUGGGACUCCCUCUAGCCACCUGCCAGGGCAUCAUCAAGGGUCUGAAGAACCAGACACAAGUGAAGCUGAACAUUGUGAGCUGUCCUCCAGUCACAACUGUCCUCAUCAAACGCCCUGAUCUCAAGUACCAGCUGGGCUUCAGCGUGCAGAAUGGCAUUAUCUGCAGCCUGAUGAGGGGGGGCAUCGCGGAGCGAGGAGGGGUUCGAGUGGGGCACCGCAUCAUCGAGAUCAACGGGCAGAGCGUGGUGGCCACCGCGCACGAGAAGAUCGUCCAGGCCCUGUCCAACUCCGUGGGCGAGAUCCACAUGAAGACGAUGCCAGCGGCGAUGUUCAGACUCUUAACUGGCCAGGAGACUCCCAUGUACAUCUAAAAGGAAGGCAGAGACUCUUUCACAAGAAUCGGUACAGAGGCCGUGUUCGGGCCAGCCUCGGAGAGCCGGGAGAGCGAUAAGUAACCAGAACGCUACAGCCUCCUGCCUUCAACUAAUACACUUUCUAGCCUUGUGGGCUCCAGGAGGGCAUAUCACUCGCUACCCUUGUUUAGGCACUAACUCCUUAAAAACAUCUCAGUAUUUUACAAACCUAACUUUUAACUACAACGCUCAUCAGUGCUGUGACCUGGCUGUUGUUUGUGCUGUCUGUGUUUCGGAUGUGCGUUUACAUGGAGCAGGCGUGUGAGUGGGUUGGUUUAUUUUUUUACGUGCAUAUAAAUGUUUACACGGUACUGUAUGUACGUUUUUUUAAUACAUAUAUAUGUACAUAAUUUUUGCAUUAGUGAUAGUGGGAUUCAUCAAGAAGGCAGGUGCGUCCUGUAAAUACUGACUGAUUACCAGCAGGUUUUAACCCAGGGAAUGUAAAAGCCAAUUUAUUUGACCUCCCAUUGUGGAAGUGGGAGAGAUCUAAAGACACUGAAGCCUAAACUGUCUCCUGUUCUCAAAUCUUCAGCUCAGCUUCUCCCUUAAGAAUCCCACAGUAAGAGUCUGUACAUGCUCAGUGUAGCAGUAGUGAGCUUCGGCACUAUGAAAUAAUUGCUGUUCAUCUGAAACGUGGCUGUAUGGAGGUAAAGUUAACAUGAUGUGUCUGCAUGUGCCUUCAUUUAUAGUCAACAAGGAAAGGUCUAAAUUUAAAGGGCAGCACAGUUGUUACUCACAGAUUGGCUCUGCUGUAGUUUGGAUUUUUGUCUGCAGAAAUAAAAGAAUCAGUGCAGUCCUAAGGGAUUGACUUCUUCUGCCCAUGUCCUGCAGUUUUAGGAUCUAUUUAAUUGUCCCUAAAAUCAGGAUAUGAAGGCAUAGCAUCAAUGACUUUUUUAAGUUCUCUUUUAAACUGACAACCUUGCAGUUCUGUACUAUAAUCUUUUUCAAAUGAACUGUAACAGCUGGGACAGUGCCACACAUACCAGACAGGGUAAGAAAGGUAGCGUCCCAAACUUUUUUUUUUAAAAUACACUUGUAAAGAGUGAAGUGCCACUCGUGGCGGAACCUUAAACCAAAAUUGAUGUAAAAAAGCUUAGUUUCAGUGAAUAAAGACAUGACACUUACUGUGUUUUGUAAAAUGUAUGACUUCAGCUCCCUGUUUUCACGUUUCCUACUGAGAAACUGGAGGUUUUGUUUGAGUGGUGUUGUGAAUGUAGUGUGUCCUAGAGCUGUAUCCAUAACCAUCAGCAGUAUUGGAAUGUUUGUACAUAAUGCAUACUGUUAAGUAUUGUGCCCACUAGGGGAUAUCUGGUAGUCAUGCUAAAACAUUUUUGUUUUUUCCUUCAUGUUGGGCCACACCCCUUUGGAAAAAAAAAAUAAACACACUGUGACUGAAGAAGCCUUACCACUGAGUAAUGCUUUAAAAAUUUACUGUACUAAAAAUAAAAAUAAAAACUACCUGUUGCAUGCCAA